AUGCCCGGAACGAGUUGGGUGAAAAUCGCCAAGCUCACGUCGCCACGCUGGAACGCCCGGAACGAGCUUGGCGAAAAUUGCCGAGCUCACGCUGCGCCGUUUGUCAUCACGGCGCUUUCCUGCGACCGCGCGUUGUCGACGCAGCACAGUUGGCGCAAGGAUACAACAUACGUUGCGAAUCACAAGGUGGACGACCUGAAGAAGCAUAGAGCGAUGGCCAUCGUUCGAUGCGAUUGGCGCGCGAUCGAGGCUGCGGCCACUCACAUCGACCAGGCGAAGUCCGCCCCGGGUGUCCUGGGUCACUUUCGCCAUCCAAAGGGGCCCGAACAUGCCCGCGGCGAGAUCGGCUUCCAGCUGGCAGACACGGCCCUGCACGUCAGCCGGAAGGCGCAGCCCGCGGCGCUGGCUGACCAGCUGCUCUUCGCGCAGCUGGGUCGGGCGCGGGCCAAGGCGCUUCCAAUCUGGGGCGUCAUGUGCCCAGAAGGCGACAGCAAGGACCCGCGCAAGGUCUUGGAGCGGUGCUGCGUGAUCAUCGUGGCGCUCCGAUCACGCGCCAUGUUGGUCGGCGGGGCCCUCGUGCUGGCGCCCGCCGUGGCCUCCGGAAAGUUCGUCGGCAGCGGCACGUCGUUCUGCAUGGGUCUCCUCGCGGGGUCGUACGCCGCGCACACGCUGCUGUGGGUCUGGUACGCCUGCCGCGAGGACAUGGACUCCCCCGCGCUGAGGCUGGCGAUGCUGGUGCCGGGAGGCGCGUCGAUGCGCGCCAAGGGGUUGCUGCGCGGAGCGCUCGCCGGCGCCCGCACGAGAGCGCCACUAGGGAAAUUGAGCGGCAAUUAUUUGUUGGGGCAUGUGCUUUCGCUCAACGAAGUGCUCCUGGCGUCGCUAGCAAACCCGACCAUUGUUCUUGCCGUUGCCGUCAUGAUGCUGAGCAUCAUUUGCAUCAUCCGCCGGCAUUUGGACCUAGACUCCAGUUUCGAGAAGGAUAUAAUGACGUUCGGGCUGAUCACAGGAAGCUUGCAUCUGCCCAAAAUCGCGGCCGCAUGUGUGAUCGCUACCCCGUGUUACCACACGCAGACCGAGGACUACAUGGAGACAGACGAGGCCGCUGGGACCUUCCUGAUGGCAUACUCCACGGAAGAGAGCUCCGAGAAGCGCUGGAGACACAUCGCCAUUCAGUCCAUGCGAUUCCUCACUGCCUCGGAUGGCCUAGAGAACCAAGGUUGGGAGACCAACCGCCUUGCAAAGAACAUCCUCCUGAAAUGCGCUGUGGCCGCAGCGCCGAUUUCAUAUUACCCAGGGCUACAGCUGAGUCUCGUCCAAUGCAUGAUGUUCUCUUUCACCGCCUGGCAAUUGAGAAACUUCCCUUACCAGCUCAAGAUGCUCAACAUCGUUGGGGCCGUCUCCCUUGACGCGCUGAACCCUUUCGACGCGCACGGCCUGCUGGCGAUCAACGCCCUCAGGCUGGCUUCGCUGUCCCUCUGGGCGAAGUUCAGGCUGGACGACGAGCACGAGCCGUUCACAAAGGUUCGCGGCGUGCCCUCUUGA